AUGUCGACAACUCCUGUCUUACCUGAUAUUCUCCAACUGCCACAAGAUAUUUUUAACUUAAAAGAUCACCAAUUUUAUGACUACGUUAAAGACACAUAUGGAUUAGGGCAGGCAGAAUUACUGUCAUUUCAACGUAUUUUCUGUGCAAAAGUUUUAUUAGCCACUGAAGAUCCAUGUGAAAUUUUUAAUAUCGAUAUGCAAGAUGUACAAUUAGAUAUAUUACGUCAACAAAUGUGUUUUAAAUUAAGCAGUGGUGACUAUCUGGUUAAAUCUGGCAUUAUAAAUAGUUUACGUUUAUUUAAAGAACAGUUAAAAAUUAAAGAUAAAGAACAAAAGGAACAAUUAAAACGUCGAAAAACAUCACCAACCACUUCUUCUUCGGUUCCAACAAAUGCAACUCCUUUGACAUCACAAGCAUUAACAGCAACGACUUCUCUUCCUCUGCCGUUAACUGCAAAUCAACAAAAAAAGUCUAUUUUAAAUUCUAUCAAACAGUGGUGUCAAGAUAAUGAAGCUAAUUUAGGAAUUGAUAAUUUAAAACUCGUCGAUGGUAUUGAUUUUACGUUGAAUGUUUCCAGAUGA